GCGGCGUCACGUAUACAGUACGCGCGUCUUGGAGGCACAUACAUCACGCGCGCCAGGCAACGGGUCCUGGUGCCGUGGCAGCCCUGACAGCCAGCCAAAGAUUCGAAUCAACCCGCCUGUAAAGGCCCAGCUUUGGGCCCCAUUGCAUUGCGUACUCUUCUUUUCUUCUCCUAUAUACCCAGGGAACGAGGUGUAACAUGCAGGUGUUUUGCCUCCGCCUCGCCAAAGCCGACGACUGAUGGCCUACGCCCACGCCUCAAGUCACGGACAUGAUUCGGUCCCUAUCACUGGGAGUGGCCACCCCAAGCUGGAAGCUGGCGGUCUUGGUUGGAGCGCCGCCUGCACUGGCGGCAAGCGGCUUGCGUUGUGGCCGUUGGGCCGCCAAGAGAGUUUGGUGCUCCUCUUGCUAUUGGGCCGAAGAGGGCAGGGAUAAGAGAAAGAAGGUUCCCGCCAAGGUUAAGCUCUUGGUUAUUCUGGCAGGCCUCGUCAUCCACCUUGCAGUCACGGACGGGCGGCGGUCCAUCCUUCGAGGUUACAGUCAAGGUGUUCAAAAAGAAAAAGAAAAAAGGGCGAGAAAGUAUAACCCUAAUGUGGGUGGCUGA